ACAUAACGUCGUCAAUAUGUGGACAAUAACUAUAACAAAGAAACGAUGGAAACAGUUUGCGAUCGGAGCUGGAAUUACACUCGUUGUAAUCGUAAUAUUUUUCAAAAUGCUUAAUUUGUCUCUUAUCAACAAUGGCAAUUCUGCAAUGCCGGAAAGCCGACCAGAAUUUCAAGCUAUUUACGAACGCCAACAAAGACUUCUUGAGGAUCAACGUCUGGAAUUGCAGAGAACCAAAGAGGAAUUGACGCGUCUGCAAGACGACCUACGCGCUCUGCAGUCAAACACACCUCGCAAGUACCCUAAAGUAAAAUAUCUGAAUUAUAAAAACCGAAAAAGGAUCUUAAUCACUGGAGGGGCUGGAUUUGUCGGUUCCCAUUUAGUCGACAACCUUAUGUUGGCUGGUCACGAAGUGAUUGUUGUUGACAACUUCUUCACAGGACGCAAACGCAACGUUGCUCACUGGCUGGGCCACGAAAACUUUGAACUAAUCCAUCAUGACAUUGUAAAUCCAUUGUUUAUUGAAGUGGAUGAAAUCUAUCAUUUGGCAUCGCCUGCCUCCCCACCGCACUAUAUGCUGAAUCCUGUGAAGACUAUCAAAACCAACACUAUGGGCACAAUAAAUGUUUUAGGUUUAGCAAAGCGUGUAAUGGCCAGAGUUUUGAUAGCAAGUACUUCCGAGGUAUAUGGAGAUCCUACAGUGCAUCCGCAACCAGAAACAUACUGGGGUCACGUAAACCCAAUAGGACCACGAGCAUGCUACGACGAGGGUAAACGAGUUUCGGAGACGCUGAGUUAUGCGUAUGCCAAGCAGGAAAAAGUUCAAGUGCGGGUAGCUAGAAUAUUUAAUACAUACGGUCCUCGUAUGCACAUGAAUGAUGGUCGUGUUGUGUCGAAUUUCAUUCUUCAAGCCUUGCGAAAUGAAACCAUUACGGUUUAUGGCAAUGGCAAGCAGACACGUUCCUUUCAGUAUGUCGAUGAUUUGGUCGACGGUCUUAUUACCCUCAUGGCAUCAAAUUAUACGCAGCCGGUUAACUUGGGUAAUCCUGUCGAGCAUACAAUCGAAGAAUUUGCUUUCAUCAUUAAAGAGUUAGUAGGUGGUUCCAGUAAGGUGGAACGAACAGAUGCAAUGGAGGAUGAUCCUCAGCGUCGGAAACCCGAUAUAAGUAGAGCCAAAAAAUACCUUAAUUGGGAACCAAAAGUACCACUAAAAAUGGGUCUUUUACGCACUAUUGACUAUUUCCGCAAGGAGCUGGAAAGAUCUGAUCGCUAUGCUGCAAGUUCGAAGAAAUAUUUCGAAUCGCACGAUUUGGAACGCAGCCAAAAACACUACGAGUUUGAUACUGACAAUGGUUAGUGUUCAAUGCACGGGAGAGAAAAUGGGGAAGAAGUACUUAGCUUAGAUUGUUUCCUUAAUUCUC